AUGGCGACCUUGUGCAGCAAACCUGCAGUCAUAGGCGUCGUCUCCGGGGCGGUUGGCGUCGCAGCGCUGGUGGUGCUAAGGCGGCUGUGGCCCGAGCGGGCGCCGACGAGAAGCUCCGAGGAGGAGAUGGAGGAGCGGGUGGCCGAGCCGCUGGAUCCUGAACUUGUGGACUGGCUGCAGGCGCAGCGGCUGCCAAUGCUGGGGACGCGGCUUGCUCUGCACGGCUACACCAGCCUGGACCUGCUGGGCGACCUGUCCGCCGCCGAAACUGAGGAGCUGCUGGCCUGUGUGCAGCUGCGCGCUGGCCAUCUGGCCCGGCUUCGGCGCAGCCUCCGCCAGCUGCAACGCUCUGCAGCCGGCUCGCCGUGCACCGGCGCGGCCGCGCAGGGAGAAGAGGCGCCGUGUGCCCCCGUGGCCUCUGCAGCCUGCCCUGACGCCCUGCCGCAGGACCCUCGGAGAGGGGCGAGGCAGCACGCCGGGGCGGCCGCCGCGGCGGAGGAGGCGCCCGUGCGGACGGCGGUGCGCGUGCUGCAGCCGCUGGAGGCGGAGGACAGGAAUGACCAGUCGCAGUCGCCGGUCAGCGCGUCGGCGGCGGCAGCGUCGGCGGCGCCCACGGCGCGGGUGUCGCAUUCUGUGGGGGGGCUGUCGGCGGGAUCGCGGGCGGUUUUGCACGACCUGGCGCGGCGCCCCGACCUCAACGGCCGCAUCGGGACGCUGCUGGCGUGGGACUCGCAGGCGAGCCGCUGGGAGUUCUUGGUCGACGGCAGCACGGAGCGGCUGAAGGUGCGUUCCGAGAACGUGCGCGAGGCGCCGGGUGGCUCCUCGUCGUCGUCGUCGUCGGUCGCGCCUCCUGCACGGCAGAUGCCCGAAGUGCCCGACGAGUUCAGGUGCUGCAUCACGAAGGAGCUCAUGGAGCAACCGGUGAUCACCUCCGACGGCCACACGUACGAGCGCAGGGCGAUUGCACAAUGGUUUGAGGAGCACGGCACGUCCCCGAAGACGGGGCAGGAGCUAACGGACAAGGUGCUCCGGCCUAACCACAGCAUGCGGGCGCAGAUCUUGGCGUGGCGCGAGCGCCAUGGGCUGCCACCGCAGCCCCCGUGGGAGCCAGAGCCGCAGGAAACCGUGCGGACGGCAGCACCCCAGAACCAGCACGGGCAGCCACUACCAGGCGCGGUGCCGACAGUCACGGUGCAGACGCCCGCUGGGCGUGUUACGAUCCCGGUCGCAGUCCUUCAGGGCGGCGUCCCUGGCGGCCACGAGGGCCCGAUGCCGCCGGGCACAACCAUCACUACCAUCAACACGAGCGAGGCCAGCCUGAUGAACAUCCUGCACCUCAGUCCCACGCUGCGCGAGGACUUGCUGGCGCUGCUGCGCGGCCAAAGUGGGGACGUUGUUGGCGAGGCCGACCUCGGUGGGAUGGACAACGAGGAGCUCGUCCACAUUACGGCUCAGCAUCCGCACCUGAUGGAGGUGGUGGUGCGGCACCUGCAGUCCAACCCCGAGCUGAUGGCUCAGAUGGGUCCUGGCGCCGGCGGCGCCGCAGGCUCCCAGGACUCGCCGGUCUUCCGGGCCGCGAGAGAGGGCGAGUGCGGCGUCGUGGAGCAGCUGCUGGGCUCGGCGACAGGGGAGCGGCUGAGGCAGGAGCUUUCUGCCACGGGCGACUCGCUGCUGCACGUGGCCGCGUGGUGCGGGCACGUCCGGCUCACCGCCAUGCUGCUCGCGCGCGGACACCCGAUCCAAGUGCCCUCGCGGAACCGCUCCACCGCGCUCCACUACGCCGCCUUCCGCGGGCAUGUCGACGUGACGAGGCUGCUGCUGGAAGCUCGUGCGGACACCGAGAGGCGGAUGGUGGGUGGCGACGUGGCCAUCCACCAGGCGGCCUGGCAGGGCCAUGCGGAAGUGUUGCGGGCGCUUCUGGAAAACCGGUGCGACCUGUACGCGGUCAAGGACGACGGCGACACUGCGCUGUCCCUCGCCGCGAUGCGCGGCCACGUGGCUGCCUGCAGGGAGCUGAUAGCGGGCGCGAGCACGCAACCACACCCUGAGGGCGUGGGGAUACGGAACUACCGCGGCCGCUCGCCGCUGCACGCGGCCGCGUUCGGCGGGAACGCCGAGGUGGUGAAGGUCCUGCUGACGGCGAACUUGUGCGUAGACUCCACCUCGGAGCGCGAGGAGACGCCGCUGCACCUGGCCGUGCAGUCGGGCUCCGCGGCCGUCGUGGAGGAGCUGCUGCGCGCAAGGGCAAACGUAGACCUGCCCCAGCUGGGUACCCCAGACGAGCACUCGCCCCUCCACAUGGCUGUCCUGGCCGGCAGCACGCGCAUCAUGCAGUUUCUGCUGAUGCACCGGGCAUCCGUCGAGGCCUCCCGCAGGGACGGGGUGACACCGCUGCACAUGGCGGUCGUGACCGAGGCGACCAUGAGCAGGAGGCCCGGAGAGGGCUCCCCGAUUGCGGCGUUGGUGGCAGCCCAGGGCGACAUCAACACCCGUGCGAGGAACGGCACGGUACCCCUGCACACAUGCCUGGGUCCGCUGCCGCAGGCUGCGCAGCAUCGCGUCGUGGCGCUGCGCUCGUUACUCGAGUCCCGUGCAGAUGUCGAGUCGGUGCUGCUGCGCGGGGAGCGGCCGUUGCACCUGGCGGUGGGCGCCAAUUUGCACGCCGAGGCUGCCCUCCUGAUCCAGCACCGUGCCUGUGUCAAUGCCGCCAGGAGCGACGGCUGCUCGCCGCUACAUGUGGCAGUCAGUUCCGGGCUGGGUGCCUGCAUCGACCUGCUGCUGCGUGCUGGAGCUGACACUGCGGCCAGAAACGCGGCGGGGCACACGGCCGCCGAGGUCGCCCGUCAGUGCGGACGGGAGUCGCUGGAGCACGCUCUGUUGCGCCAGGCCAGCGGCUCGCGCGCGAACGCCGUGGUCUCGCCUCCCGCGGCACUGGCCGCGGUGCAGUCGGAGGACGCCCACCGUGCCGCACCCGCGGUGCCCGCUGCGCCCGCCAGGCCCCCCGGGGCGCCACACGCCGCACCGGCUGCCGAGGCGAUUCGGCAGGCGUUGAUGCGUUCGCGCCUUUUGACAAGCGCUGUGGCGGCUGCGGAGACCGCUGUCGAGGCCACCCUGGCGGUUCCCGCGGCGCAGGCAGGGGCAGCGGCGGAGGCGGCGCGGUGCACGUGGCUGGUCAGGGCGGGGCUGCCCGACGAGGAGGGCGAGGGCAUGCCCGCGCUGCAGGCGGAGCAGGAGGGCAGCACGCUGGAGUCCAUGCGGAGGGCCGCCGAGCGGGACCCCGGCUGCAUGGGCUUCGCGUACCACCCCGGGUGCGGCAGGUGGUUCCCCAAGCGCAGGGGCACCGGGCGGCCGCAGGAAGGCGCGCUCCACCAGAAGCACGAGGGCCAGUACUGGGAGUGCGCAGGGCACCAACUGCACCCCUGGCCUGCACCGAUCCGGGGCCCAGGUCGGAAGCAGGAUCCCGUAGUUACACCAGGACCCGCUCUCCUGUGCGAGUGUCCGUGCGGGGCCAGAAGAGCGUCGGUGUGCAGAGCUCGGCUCCUACCCGGGACCCAGGAUCCGUGCAGCCCCGAGCUGCGACGUCGUGCGAGCAGCACGGCAGCCUCGCCGAAGAGAGCCCGACCGGAGCCCCAGACCCCGCCCCCGACCUGCGGCAUCUCUCGAGCCGGAUCGAGCUGCGACGGCCCCGGGGCCCCGGGCUGGGCGAGAGAGGACGCUCGGCGGGAGAGAGCUGCAAGCCGCCCCCGAUCUCAGGGAGGCGUGCCGCUGGCGCCCUCCCAGGAGUGGCACUGCAUCCGGGAGCGCGUCGAGGCCGAGCCCGAGGCCCCCGGCGCCGGCCAGGAGCCACCGGGGCCUCCCUCCGCCGCGCUGGGCGCGGGCGCGGCGGCUCUUGGCGAGGGCGGCGCGGGGGACGGCGCGGCGUAG